UAGUUUACCUGACAAUUAAACUUUCUUCUAAAUUUUUUUGGUCUAUCUGGGAGAUAUACGAAGAGGAAAUUAAUUCAAGAAUUAAAGCUGAAGAAAAUGGCUGGUGCUGAUCAUCAUCAUCCAUUGAUAUUUACAUUUGGAAUUCUUGGCAACAUCAUUUCUAUCUUGAUGUUUCUUGCACCUAUGCCAACAUUUAUUAGGGUUUACAAAAAGAAAUCAACAGAAGGGUUUCAUUCGAUUCCGUAUUUGGUUGGACUGUUUAGUUGCAUGCUUUGGAUUUACUAUGCUAUGCUUAAAUCUGAGGAAUAUCUUCUUCUCAGCAUAAAUUCUGUUGGUUGUCUAGUAGAAAUAAUCUACAUUAUCUGCUACAUUUUGUAUGCACCAAAAAAACCUAAGAUUUUAGCUUUACAGCUAUUAUUUCUGAUGAAUUUUUGCGGAUUUUUGGCUAUUGUUGCUCUUACGACUUUCUUUGCGAAAGGAUCGAUUCGGAUUCACAUUGUGGGAUGGUUUUGUGUUGUAGUUUCUGCAGUUUUGUUUGCUGCUCCUUUAAGCGUAAUUAGGGUAGUGAUACGAACCAAAAGUGUGCAGUUCAUGCCGCUUGCUUUAUCAAUUUGCCUGACAUUGAGUGCAAUUAUGUGGCUGCUCUAUGGUCUCCUACAAAAAGAUUUGUACAUUGCGCUUCCGAACAUUUUCGGAAUCAUAUUUGGAGCAAUGCAAUUGGUACUAUAUGGAAUUUACAGGGACAAGAAGAAAAUUGUUAAGGAAGAAAACGUCGCAGAAAAGGCAGAAGAAAUGAAUAAGGCACACACUGUAGUCUCAGUAUUGCCUAUUUGUAAUGGGAAUAUUAAUAAAGUGCAUAAAGAGGAGAAUUCGGAUGAAGAUACAAAUGGCAAUGGUGAAUUACCAAUUGAUGAAGUUACUCUCGUUUAGGCUCAUUUUCCUUGUAUUUUUAGCUAUUUUUAUUGCUAGUUUUACUCUUUAAGCAUUGCAUGUGCCUAUUAUAUAAAUAUCUAAAAUUUUCUACCUUAUUUAUAGAGUAAUUUAUAAUAUUCCGAAAGCCUAGAUUAUUCCAUAUAUUCACACUCUAUUAAUCAACAUCUAAUUUAAUUUC